GUCAUUACUACAGAGCAGGAGGGGCCCGUUCUCAUCAGCAUGAUGCAUUGGGGUCAGAUGUGGACAGGCUGUCAUCUGUUCCUCUGCAGUGCUGCUUCUUUCAAGAGGGAGUGCCUUUCCAUCCACAUCGGUCAAGCUGGCAUCCAGAUUGGGGAUGCUUGCUGGGAGCUCUAUUGCCUGGAACAUGGAAUCCAGCCAGACGGAGUUGUUCUUGACAGUCAUCAGAAUCAGCUGGAAAAUGCGAAAACGGAGCACACAAAUGCAUCUUUCGAUACCUUCUUCCGGGAGAUAAGAGCUGGGAAGCAUGUGCCUAGGGCACUCUUCGUGGACUUGGAGCCAACUGUUAUAGAUGGGAUCCGGACAGGAGAGCGCCGUUCACUCUUCCACCCAGAGCAGCUCCUGAGCGGAAAGGAGGAUGCUGCCAGCAACUACGCGCGGGGUCGUUACUCUGUGGGGUCGGAGGUCAUCAACCUUGUGCUGGAGAGGACCCGGAAGCUGGCAGAACAGUGUGGUGAACUUCAGGGAUUUUUGAUUUUCCGAAGCUUUGGAGGGGGCACUGGUUCGGGGUUUACAUCUCUUUUAAUGGAGCGGCUCACGGGAGAAUAUAGCAAAAAGACGAAAUUGGAGUUCUCGGUCUACCCAGCCCCCAGGGUCUCCACUGCCGUGGUGGAGCCUUAUAACUCUGUCCUCACCAUCCACUCCACCACAGAGCACGCGGACUGUACCUUUAUGGUGGACAAUGAGGCCGUCUAUGAUAUAUGCCAUCACAAACUCGGUGUUGAACGCCCCUCUUACGCCAGCAUCAAUAGACUGAUGGUUCAGGCAGUAUCUUCCAUCACUGCCCCCCUCCGGUUUGAAGGGCCCUUGAAUGUGGACCUAAUUGAAUUCCAGACCAACCUAGUACCUUACCCGAGAAUACAUUUCCCCAUCACCACCUUUGCCCCCAUUGUCUCUGCUGACAAAGCCUACCAUGAGCGGUUCUCCGUGUCAGACAUCACCACUGCUUGCUUUGAGUCCUCCAACCAGCUGGUCAAGUGUGAUCCUCGGCUUGGGAAGUACAUGGCCUGCUGCCUACUCUACAGAGGGGAUGUGGUCCCUAGGGAAGCGAAUGCAGCAAUCGCAACCAUGAAGGCGAGGCACUCUGUUCAGUUUGUAGAUUGGUGUCCAACGGGUUUCAAGGUGGGCUUCAACAAUCGGCCGCCCACGGUGAUGCCAGGUGGGGACCUGGCCAAAGCCCACCAGGCCCUCUGCAUGCUGAGCAACACCACGGCGAUCGUGGAGGCCUGGGCCCGCCUGGACCACAAGUUUGACCUCAUGUACGCCAAGAGGGCAUUUUUGCACUGGUACAUCAGAGAAGGCAUGGAAGAAGCGGAAUUCUUGGAGGCCAGGGAAGACCUGGCGGCCCUGGAGAGGGAUUAUGAGGAAGCGGGGCAGAGUUUCUGAUGCAUGUGUGACAGGUGCAAAUGAACGUCAAGCUAAAACGGCAUGUUUUCUUUACAAGCUGUUAUAUGCUUAGUGGGUAAUUCCCCUGAUGAGAAGAAAAAUGAAAUCAAAUCAGGCAAGACUCUAGGUUCCACAUGAAAUUAAGUGGGUCAGUACCAACCAGGAAUGCAUUAUUUCCAGGUCUACUGGUACUAGUCAGCUCUGCUCCCCGGGAGCCUUCGGAAGCUUCGAGUCCUUUGAACUGCUGGGUCACUUCUAGGUGGGGUUUUUUGUUUAACCAAGAGACUAUGAAACCCUGAAGUUUAUCCUUUUUCUUUCUGGUACCUGAAGUAUGAAACAGCACAUGUUGAUUACAAAUGUUUUUUCCCCUACAUCUAUAUUUUUAUACUGAUUGAAUCAUAAAUAUUUUCAGUAUGAUUCUUUUUCUUCUUUUAAAUAUGUACCCAAAGGGCUCAGUUUGCUUGUUAUGUAAACAAACUACAGUCUUUCUAAAACUUGAAUUUGGGUGUCCCACAGGUCAGAGGUGAAAGCCAUCUCUUCCACUUCCCUGUCCUGGAAGUGCUGUUCUCAAAGUAUUACCGGCCUAACUGUGCCAGAGUCACUGCAGAAGUUUCCUAAAAAUGCAGAUUGUUGAGCUUCUCUAUGGACUUGCUAAGCUGGAGAGGCUGUGUCCUAAGGAUUUGCGAUUUACAAAAACACUCAAUGGAAUUAAUUUUUGGUACUGAAUAGUUCCAUUUGAGAAAAUAAUUUACUCUGGACAAAGCUAUAAAUGCAUUAAAACCACUGGUGAGAUUUUAAGUAACCGCAAUGUUUACUUUCACUGAUUCUUGGAAUGAAGGCGACGUAGAUGCUGCAGAGGCGCUGGGUCGGGCUCAGCUGUUGCUCUUGGACGGAUGGUAGACAGUCCUCACGAGCCUCGUCCGUCUGUGCUGUUUAACCUGUCAGCCCUCGCCCCCCAGCUGUACUGACUCUUCACUUCAACUGGGCACAGGCUUUUGGCUCAGGUGGACGUCGGAAGGUAGGAGGCACGGGAGCCUUGGCUGGGGGUAUGAAGUUGUGUGUCUGUUUUGAAACUCCUCAAACUACAAGGCUACUACCUUUUUGCUUGUGCACUUGGACUCAAAAACUGACCCUCUGUGUGUGUGUGUGUGUGUGUGUGUGUGUGUGUGUGUGUAAGAACUAUUUUUUAGAGUGUUUACAGGUUCUCAGCAACAUUGAGUGAAAAGUAUAACCCUCCAUUUUUGACGGUUCCUUGGGAGGUUCUCUUACAUACUAAAGUCCCUCCCCUGAGAUGUGGCCUUUAAGGGUGGCACUCAAACAAUGUACCCUUUUGCCUGCUUUCAGUUGAAACCAUUCUCACCAUGGAGGCCAGUGACCACCGUUUGGUGGAGAUGACAUUUAGCCCCUCUUCAGUACCAGAAGGGUGUUUUCCCCCAGCGCAGACAGCUCUCACUGAAUUUUGUUCAGUCCCCAGGUCUCUAAGUGUCUGGUUGUGUCCCCUUUGGACUCCACUU